ACUGCACACAAUCAGUCGUACAAGGCUCACAGGAAUGGAAUCAAGAAACCUAAGAGGCAUCGUCACAGCUCCACCAAAGGGAUGGAUCCCAAGUUCCUGAGGAACCAGAGGUAUGCUAGGAAGCACAACAAGAAGAAUGGGGAAUCUGCUGCGGAAGAAUAGACUAAUCUAAAAGUAUUAGGGCAUUCAUGGCAUUCUUGAUUUCUGUUUUGCUGGCACUAUUUUCCAAAUUUGUGUUUUAAUUUUGUUUGUUAUGCGAAUAUAGUGGCUACAUCAAGUAUGGAAACCAAUUUUGCUGUUUA